AUGAAUACUGAUGCUGUUGCAACCGAUUCAUCGUCUGCUGAGAACAUUUCUUGUAUUGAAGAACGUUUAAAUGGCGUAUCAUAUAACGACGAACCUCCCACUAAACCCGGUCGAUACAAAAAAUGGACUAGGGAAUACAGAUACACAUUUUACCUUUUCAUUCUUAAUAUAUUUUUCGACGUUCUUAUAAACUAUGAAGCGGGCUCUGUCCCCGUUAUGUUAAACUGGAUUCAGGAAGAGUUUAAGUUCACCACCACGGAAUUGGGUGUCAUGGGAUCCUUAAAUUACGUCAGCACUGUUAUGCCAUGUACCCUUUGGUCUUACCUAUUUACCUAUCACAGCAGUAAAAAAUCGCUAUUAGCCUCAAUUCUGAUAGUUGAGGUAUCAAUGAUUUUAUUCGGUCUAUCGGUUCACAAGUAUAUGUUUUUUGCAGCAAAAUUUUUCAAGGGAUUCGGACAGGCUGGAUAUGCGCUAUUCUUUCCCAUAUGGAUCGACACAUUUGCACCGCCUAAUCACAGAAACUUAUGGAUGUCCAUAGUACAAGCAGGUUUAACCGUUGGAGGCACCAUAGGUUACGUAGUAACCUCACUGUAUUCGUACGCGGGCAAACUUGGGUGGAGGUACAGCGUCUUAACACAGGUGGGCGGUUUUACAAUUACUGUGGCAUUGUUGUGGAUGAUUCCUAAGCAAUUUAUUGAACUGAAUCCUUCAAGAAACAAUGUUAACUUUGAUUUGUGCACCUGUGAAAAACCAGUAAAUAAUGUUUCAACGACAAGUAUGGAAACCAAAUGUGUAAAUGAUGAAAAUCAUGAUGAAGAAUCGCAUCUUAGAAAUAAUGUUAAGCGAUUUCAUAGUAUAGAUGUUGAUAUUCCUCCUGUUCACCCACCAACUCAACAAAAGGACAUAUCACGAGUAUAUUCAAAUUGUGACAGUUCACUGAUAAAUUCAGACAAUCAUAAAUGUAUUAACUGUUUAAUGAGCAUAGAUAAGCAGCAUAAAGCCUCAGCUAAGACUAAAAACAUGUCUACUAUCCGAAAAUACAUAUGCGUAUGCAAAAAUGGCAUAUUCGUGUUAACGUGUUUGGUUAUAUCGUCAAUUUACUUUGUUCUUUUUGGAGCACAAUUCUGGAUGACAAAAGUAAUGGUUACACACUUCAACAUAGAGGAGAGAAAGGUCUUCCUAAUAUUUUCAUACAUUUUCAUGACUUCGCAGAUAGCAGGGUUGGUUUGCGGAUCCUAUCUGACCGAUAAAAUAGUGUACAACUAUCCGAACAAGCCACUCUACGUGGACUACGCUCUUAUAGGCUGGACUUCCAUAGUCUGCCUAGCUUGUAUCGUGAUGCUUUCAUACAAAAAUACCAUGGCGUUGUUUAUCGGAAAUUUGGUGGUUUUUUUUUACUCGGCUCCAAUCACGCCUGUAGUGCUGCUGAGGUCGAUUCAAAGCUUUGAUCAUGGGCUGAAACCAACUGCAUCUUCAGUAGUUAUGAUUCAACUCAACAUCUUAGGCUUUAUCGGAGGAACUCUUGUACCAGGAAUGGCAGUUGAUCUCUUUGAAAGUGAUUUAGCAGCAGUAUACACCAUUUACUCGCCCUCCUUUGUAUCGCUGGCUUCAUUUCUAAUUAUUUUUAUUAUAAAACGGAGUCGCACUGCUAGAAGCACAAUUAACCAUGGAAGUCAUUCUAAAAUUGAUGUUUCUGAAUGA